AUGGCUUUUGGAAUUGUUAUAAAUAUGAGUGAAUCGAGUGAAGAAGAAAAUCCAUGGUAUGACUGGAACAAAACCAUGAACGAGUCAAUUGAUGUUGACUCUACAAUGGUCAAGUAUUCUGUACAAAUCGAUGACGUCCCUCCUGCUGCUCCUAGGGUAUCUCAUACAAAGCAGCUGACAGAUACCAAACAGGUGGCGUCUUUUUUUCUUGAAAGACCUAUACCAAUCCCCAAGCAUCGUUCUCCCUAUUCUCGAGAUCUCAAGCGCAUAAUUCGUCAUCAUCCUUUCUACCUUCACGCCCUAGUCUAUGCCUGUCAAAUCCCGAUGAUUUCUCAAAUCCUUCACAAUCCGCCCAGAAAUUUAAUUCAAAUUAUAAAUUCCACAGACCACAAAGCAAAUACUCCGAUCAUGCUGGCUGUGAAGCUAUGCAAAAACUCAAGCGAAUACUUACUCGCUCCUUUAAAUCCAUUGGAAAAUCCUAAUUUUUAGAAAAAAAGCCCCUUUAAAAUUUAGUAAAAAUUAUUUUUUAUGUUAAAUAUUUUAUCAUAAUGAGAUCUUCAAUAGAUACUAUUGAAUUUUAGACAGAUAAAAUUCAAAUAAACCUUAUUUUUGAAAAUCUAUAAAGUUAAUGCUCAAUUUUAAUUCAUUUAAACCCUUUUAGAGACGCAAAAAAUCUUGCUCUUAAAGCGAAGAGUUAGCAAUUGUAGAAAUGCUAGCUGACAGUGGCGCUGAUCUCCAUAUAAAAGAUGCAAAUGGCUGGUCUUGUGUAGAUGAGGCAGUCAGCCAGAAAAAUCGCGAGCUUUUAAGUGUUCUGUUUGAGUAUCUAUACAAAGAAAAAAAAAACAAAUGGGAAAGAAAUAAAGAAAUCGCGUCAUCAGCAUUGAAAGAGCUCAAAGAUUUUUAUUUGGAAUUCCGAUGGCAGUUUAAGAGCAAUUUGAUCCCAUUGGUAGGAAAAAUUGCUCCGCAUGAUGUCUGCAAACUGUGGAAGAUAGGACCUUAUAUAAGGCUAGAUACAACUUUGGUGGGAUGGAAAAAUCUUCGAGCUAAAAGAAGAAGCAUUUCUCUUAUAUUUAAAGAUGACAUCUAUCUGGUGAACCAUUCACACAGAACUUAUCUAAACCCUUUAGAAGAGCUAGAUUCUGAGGAAAGAUGUGAAAUUAUUAAUGAUAUCAUGAAAAAUGACCCUGUACAAGGAAAUGUUUCUUUGCUGGGGUAUAAUAUUACAGCGAUGAAGAGCUGGAGGAAUAAACCUUUAUCUAGGGUAUAUGGAAAGUGGAAAUGCAAUAAAUAUAAACUGCAGUUCAGAACUCAUACGCAGGUUAAAAAAAGAGGGAAAGAGAUUAUAGAAGAUAACCAAGACGACUAUUUUAAUGGGCUCCGUGGAUCUUCCCCGAAACCUAUAUUCCAAAUUGGUGAUUCUCGGAGACCCAGUUUUGUAGGUGACAGCUCAAGGCCAAUCCAUAGAAAUAAUGUAAAUGACACAGUAACUCAGUCUGUAAAAGAAACAAAAGCAUUUUGCUACCUUUGUGAAGAUUUCCCACUUUCGCUUGAAGAAUUUGUUUCAGUUUUAAAUGUAAUCAAGAAUGCAAAUACAGCUCUUGGCAGGCUUUAUGAUUUCUUGGAAAAUGAAGGAAUUCAUGAGCUCGUCCCAAUUGAUUCUUUUCCGGUUAAAAUAGAAAUUCCGAUUGUUAUGGGAAUAAGAGCAAAAGUUGUGUUUACUAACUACACUGAGAUGAAAAAAGAUGAUAAAAGCAUUUUUGAUAUACCGAAUUAUCAGAAGGUGUCAAGGAAAGUUGGCCAAAAAACAUUAAGUUCGCCGCGCAAACGCAUUCUGUUUGCUAAUAUAGUAGCUUAA